AUGGGAUCUGAUAUGGGGCAAAAGAUCAUCCGGGCCACUGCUUUCCAACUGGCUCUCGAAAAGCCCUACCUCAUGCAUGCGAUCAAUGGCGUGUCGGCCGCACACCUCUGCCAUCUUCUUCCCGCUUCUCGACACCCAGUCCAACAUAACCAGAGUCAGCUUGCCAACCUGUUCCACUUUCAGAGAGCCUUGCAGCUUUUUCGUGAUGAGUUGUCCGCCGGCGUCACAAAGGAUAACAUGAAUGCAAUGCUGUCAACUGUGAUGCUUAUCUGCGUCCAUCAAUUUAUGCUCACCCAACCCGAACCGGAUCCUGGGAAGAGUUUCGUGUACACACCGGUAGAGCAUCGGCGGGAGUAUCUGAGAUGGUUAACGAUACAGCAUGGGUUCAACGCUCUGUAUGCCGAAUUGGGUGAAGUCAUCUGGGGAUCGGUCUGGCACCCGGUUCUCAUGGAUUCGGAAUUCAAGGACCUUGCGUCCGCGGUGAUGACAGCAGAAGCAGGCGAUGAAACCCACGCCUUGUUUAUUGACCUGUGCGACAUCACUGCGGCAUCGUCGACCGACAACAACCCUUACUACGAAGCGCUGGAGUAUCUCCUCUUCCUACGGCAACUGAAACCCGGGAUGAAUACGUUCAACAAGCUGGUCACGUUCGUCGCGUCGGUUGCAGGCGACUUCCUUCAAUUGCUGCUCCGCAGGGAGAAGCGAGCACUGUUGAUCCUGGCACAUUGGUUGGCAUUGAUGAUUGGUGUAGAGCAGUGGUGGUGCAGUGUGAGAUGUGAAAACGAAUGCAUCGCCAUCACUACAUUCCUGAUGCAUGAUCAAGAUGCAAGGGUUCGAGCCUUGCUGCGGUUUCCAGCGGAGACCGUGGGAAUGGAUCCGACUACGCUCGAGCCACUUGACAGAUGA